AUCUCGUUCCCUUCGCAAGAACGUACCAAGGAUGCCGCCGAGAUACCACGUCUCUGUUGAUAUCGAGGGUUUGACUACCAACCAUGAUGCCUUUGAUGACGAAGAGGUGGAGGUUCUUCCGCUGAGCUCAGCGUUUUCGAGCCAUAGUGCUACUCCGCGGACAGAUCAGGCGGACUACCGGCUUUCGAACCUAACGGUCACUACGCUCUCAGCUGGUGAGAGUGCUACAAAUGAGGAUCACCAGGGGAAUGGUCUCAAAGCAAGGUACCUCGGGUACGGUGUUGUCAGGUUGUUCAGGGAAUACGAUGUGUCCGAGGAGGUUGAGGUGGAGAGUGAUGACACUACAGUGGCGAUAGUUGCCAUACCUAGUUACCUAUCACCAACAGAUGUGCUGGCAUUUGUUGGCGAAUCAGUGACGAAGGACGUGUCGCAUUUCCGUAUGGUGAACUCGGAAAACCCCAAUAGGUUUAUGGCCUUGAUGAAGUUUAGAAACAGCGAGUCUGCCAGGCAAUUUCAAGAUGAGUUCAACGAGAGACCGUUUAGUGCCAUUGAAUCUGAAAAGUGCCACGUGAUAUUUGUCAAGUCUGUAAUGUUCAGACCGCUUGGUAAGCCAAAUACAUCAGGUAUUCCGUAUCUAUUGGAGGAUCCUUUCACAUUGCAAGUUCGCAAAUCCAGUGGUAGUGCCUCCAUCGUGAAGGAAUUGCCAACGUGUCCGGUAUGCCUUGAGCGCAUGGACUCUGAUGUGACGGGUCUUGUGACCAUCCGGUGUCAACAUACGUUCCACUGCAAUUGUCUGAGUAAGUGGAGAGACGAUACGUGUCCGGUGUGUCGAUACUCAAGCCUCUCGUUGAACCCGUUGAAGAGUUCAGGUGUUGAGGCUCAACGUUGUUCCUCAUGUGGAGGCUCUGAAAACCUUUGGAUCUGCUUGAUAUGUGGUAACGUUGGAUGUGGUAGGUACAAUAAGAAGCAUGCUAUUGAACAUUUUGAAGCUGAAAGCCACUGCUUUGCCAUGGACAUAUCUACACAACGCGUUUGGGAUUAUGCGGGGGAUAACUACGUCCAUAGGUUACUUCAAAACGAAUCCGACGGCAAAUUGGUGGAACUGCCACCUGCUGCAUCCACCUCCUCCCAUUCUGGUACUUCAUCCUCGUCAUCUGGCCCAGAUGGUGCCGGCGUAUCUACAGCAAAGGAGGAUAUCAAGUACACAAAGCUGAAUGCAGAAUACCAUUUGGAGUAUACCAACGUGCUGUUGUCACAGUUGGAAUCUCAAAGAGAGUACUACGAAUCACGACUAGCUGAAUCUGCUGAUAAGCUAUCAAAAUUACAAGAAAGUGGACAAGACUCACAAACGCAGAUGGAGAAACUGCUCGCCACGUUAGCCCAGUUACAAGAUGAGGUCUCCAAGAUGUCCGAGCAAUUGGAGAAAACCCGUAAAACGGCCAGUACAGCAGAAUCAAAGCUCAGAGAGGAACAGCUAAUGACGGAUGGGUUAUCUAAGAACCUCGAUUCCAUGAGACUGGCAAACGCAUCGCUAAAGAACGAGAACCAAGAGCUACAGGAUCAAGUUAAAGACUUGAUGUUCUACCUCGAGUCCAAUGAGAAGUUCAAAGACGCCAGCGACGACGUCAAGAACGGCACCAUCGUCAUCCACGAGCCACCAAAGAGAUCACUGAAAACCAAGAAGAGCAAGAACAAAGCAAAGAAAUGAGAUGAAUUACGCAAUGAAUUAUGACUGGGAUUAUACGCUUAUGUCUGCUUGUAGUGGUGUUUGGAUGUUUUCAUCGCCUGCUUUCCCUCUCCGAAGCCGGGUAACCGCACCCCUCCAUUCCUUCCGUCUUAUCUCCGGCCGCCGGCGGGUCUGCCCCGGGUUUAGUAAAAUUUUCAUCCGGCGCUCUCCAUCUCGCUGCAAAUUUUAUAUUCCACAGCGAAACUGUUUCUCUUGUUAGAGGGUUCAAUCGGUUGUUAAAUAACUGGCAUUUCCUCCCAUAUCGUUCCGUG